AGUUUGGCCCGUGAAAGAAAGAAAAACAAAACUUAUUUAUUGAAAAAUGACACGUGCAGAAUCAUUUACUAAACCAGACAAUAACCGGUUAACGGUUUAAUAGUUAGCAACAGAAGAACCAAAGGAUUGUCUUCUUCCACAAUCAGAAUCUGUCUGUGUGGCUUGUAACGCUUCAAUGUCAGUGAAGUCUUUAGCUAUAUCCACAAAAAUAACAUAACAAGAUUAAAAAAAAGAGAGAAUAUUUUAUCUCUCUAGACUUGACAAUUUCCCUCUCUUUCUCACUCCCUAUACCUGUAUAUGUAUAUAGAAUCGUAUAUAUCUGGAGAAAUACACGAGGUGUUCUCGUCUCUGACGACGUGGUCUAUUGUCUUCCUCAGCUUUAGUCAAUUUCUUCUUUCGGAAACUUGGUUCUGUGAUAUUAUCCAAACUUAAAGUUUGAGUCUUUAGGGUUUAUGGGUGACAACAAAAGUACAUGCCUUUAGGCUUUAGUUUUGUGGGUUUCAUCUCAAAAUGGCAAUUAGUACUAUGUUAGGGUCCAUCUCUUGUUGCCCCUCUCCCAAGGGGUAUGAGAUGGUGAAACAACAUAGUGUUCGAUUAAAGCAUUGCGUUUUCACGGUGAAAUCGAGUGUGCCUGUGUAUUCGGAAGGCGUAAACGAUGGGAUUAAGUUGCAUUCUUUUGGGAAUUUAGUUAAAAAGAAGGUUUUUCUGGAUACCUCUAAGAGAUUCUAUUUCCAAGGGAGAUGGUCUGAAUCGUCAGGGAGGAGAGUGGAGACUUAUGCUGGAGUAGAUGUAGCGAGUGCUGUUGAUGUAAUCAACGAUCUUGGAUUCGAUACUUUGACCUUCUUGAUGGUUACUGUUAUUAUUGUCCCUGCAUUCAGAAUUCUCAAAGCUAGUCCGAUACUUGGUUUCUUCUUUGCUGGUGUUGUACUCAACCAAUUUGGUUUGAUUAGAAAUCUCACAGAUGUUAAAGUUCUUUCAGAAUGGGGGAUUCUUUUCCUGCUCUUUGAGAUGGGUCUCGAGCUUUCACUUGCUCGUCUGAAAGCUCUUGCAAAAUUUGCUUUUGGCAUGGGACUAACUCAGGUUUUGUUAUGCACGGCUGCAUUCACUGCUUUUGAACUCCCACCAAAUGGAGCCAUCGGAACAAAAAUUCUGGAAUUCCUCUUUCAUUCAAGGCCUGACUUGGUCAACAUUAGAAGCAUUGAUGAGGCCGUUGUCAUUGGCGCUGCUCUAUCAUUGUCAUCUUCAGCUUUUGUUCUACAGCUUCUUGCAGAGAAAGGUGAGCUCCCUACAAGAUUUGGCUCAGCAACCUUGGGAAUUCUUCUUCUACAGGAUAUAGCUGUUGUGCCGUUACUAGUCAUUCUUCCAGUGUUGGAAAGCCAGGAUAUUGGUGGGGAAAGCAUAUGGCCAAUGCUUGCAAAAGAAAGUGCAAAGGCUCUUGGUGGGUUGGGCAUCCUCUCUCUUGGAGGAAAGUUCUUUCUCCGUAGAAUUUUCGAGGUUGUUGCAGAAACAAGAAGCUCAGAAGCUUUUGUGGCCCUUUGCCUUCUCACAGUUGCUGGGACUUCACUUGUGACUCAAUGGCUUGGUUUCAGCGAUACGCUUGGAGCUUUUCUUGCUGGAGCACUUCUAGCAGAAACAAAUUUCCGAACACAAAUUGAAGCUGAUAUUAGGCCAUUUAGAGGUUUACUUCUCGGUUUGUUCUUUGUAACCACAGGAACUUCCAUUGACAUGGAGGUUCUGUUUCGAGAAUGGCCUAAUGUCCUCUCACUCUUGGGUGGUCUGAUUGUGAUCAAAACACUGAUUAUAACCGCAAUCGGUCCCCGAGUUGGCCUCACAAUACAAGAAAGCGUAAGAGUUGGCUUUCUUCUUUCCCAGGGAGGAGAAUUUGCAUUUGUUGUGUUCUCUCUAGCCAACAGGCUAGGAGUGCUUCCAAAUGAGCUGAACAAACUGCUCAUUAUCGUAGUUGUUUUGUCUAUGGCAUUAACACCUUAUCUUAACCAACUUGGAAGAAAAGCCGCCGAUUUUCUUGAUGAGAGACUUGAUCCCGGAGAGAAAAUAGGUGAAGAUGUGAACUUCGAUGUUAGUGAAUCAAUUGUCAUCAUUGGAUUUGGACAAAUGGGUCAGGUUCUGGCCAAUUUUUUGUCAACGCCAUUGGUCUCAGAUAGUGAUCUUGUGGGAUGGCCUUAUAUUGGUUUUGAUCUGAAUCCUGCUGUAGUGAAGGAAUCAAGGAAACUCGGUUUCCCGAUAUUGUAUGGAGACGGAUCUCGACCAUCGGUUUUGCAAUCUGCAGGGGUUUCAUCUCCUAAAGCUAUCAUGAUAAUGUAUAAAGGCAAGAAGAGAACCACUGAGGCUGUUCAAAGACUCCGUCUUGCCUUCCCCGGGAGUCCUAUUUACGCAAGAGCUCAAGAUUUACCGCAUCUCCUUGAACUAAAGAAAGCAGGAGCCACAGAUGCAAUUCUCGAAAAUGCAGAGACAAGUUUACAGCUCGGUUCGAAGCUGUUGACAGGAUUUGGAGUAAUGUCUGACGACGUAAGCUUUCUAAGUAAAGUUUUCAGAGAUUCAAUGGAGAUACAAGCUCAAGAAGAAAUCACAGCUAGUGAAACAAAUGCUGGUUUGAAGCCAAUGCAAAUGAAAGCAUCUGAUAUAAACGUAGUGUCUGCUGCAACACAAAAACAAGUCCAGCUCAUGAAGCCAAUGCAAAUGAAAGCUUCUGAUUCAAACUCAGAUUCUGCAGCAGAGAUUCUUCAAGAAACAGCUGGUUUGAGUCAGCCUCCUGAGAUUGAUGAUUCUUCUGUGAAUAUAGAUAAUGGAUUUGUUGGUAAAGCUGAUAAAGCUCAAGAUUAAAAUUGCUCAAAAAUUCUAACACUUUUUUUUUUUUUUCUGAAAUGUGCAGCCAAUAUUCCAAACUAAAAGAAACAAUUUUUUCUUUUCUUUUCUGUGAUUAUUAUUAUUAUUAUUAUUUUUCCUCACUAUCACUGUCGCUAAAAAGCCAAUAGUUAGCUCAAAUUCAUUAAAUAUCUUCACUGUCU